AUGGAUUUCCCCCCGACUCCCACAUCCUCUAUACGCUCGAGAACACCCAUGUUCGACGCGUUUGACACCCAGUCCCAGGCCGGUCCCAGCAAGCCUCGCAUGGCCGCUCUCAACAACCUUCCCCCUACUCCCCCCGUUCACGACGACCUCACCGCCGCCGCAUACGAGUCUAGCCGCCUGGCAUUCGACUCGUCGCCAACCUACUCGGAGACGCGCUACCGCUCUCCCAAGGUUGACACCACUCGCCGCCCACACUCCACCUACCCCACGCCCAGCGAGGAGCCCGUGUUCCACCCUCACCGCAAGUACACGGAUCCCACCCCCCACACCGCACACUAUCCCAUGCACGAGCCGGUCAGCCCCAUUCCCUCGGGCUCAGGCAACGGCCACACCCUGGACGUCGACCUCGACGUGUACUCGGGCGACUAUGACUUGGACGACGAGGUGCGACAGCCCACCUUGAGCUUUGUUACUACAUCGACAGUUGACUCGACCACAUCGUCCCCGUCAAUCACCGACGCGUACACCUAUGCCUCGGAGCGCGUCGACAGCAAGCCUGACCUGCGGGAACCACGGAUUCGCGUGAGGGCUGGCAGGCAGAACGCCUACUCGUCUGCCGAGUCGUCCAUGGCGUCUGGCGGCUACUCGUACCACGCGUACAGCGACAACUCGUACCACCAGACCCCGCCCGUCCCCGUCAUCCCCACCGACAUGCUCAACGCGCGUCCCGACUAUGGCCGCCAGUCGUCCAACGCCGACGUUGCGUCCUCGUACACUGACAAUUCGUCGUGGCAGGUCGACGCUGGCCGUGACAGGAGCAACUCGACCUCGAGCGCCCUCUCCACCGACAUGUCCUCCGAGGACGACCGCAUCUCGAGCUCGUUUGCCCACACCUUCUCCUACCUCCAGUUUGGCCGCCAGCCUUGGGACGAUGAGCAGUCCAUGCCACUGUCAGAACCCAACGCGCUCGCCAUGGUCGGUGACGGGCGCAGCAUCAUCCUCGACGCCAAGAAGCUCGACGCCAUGGGUGGCAUUCACGCUCUGCGCCAGAUGACCGAGAACGAGCUCCUCCGUCUUCCCCGCUACACCCACCUGCUGCUGUCCGGUAUUGGACCCGAGAUCCUCUCGAUCCUUGCCCCGCUUCUCGACGUCCUUUCGACCACGCUGGUCGUCCUUGAUGUCUCGAACAAUGACCUGACCGCUAUCCCCAGCGACCUCCGUCACUGCUCGGCGCUCGAGGAGCUCAACGUGUCCAACAACCAGAUCCGUCUGUUGCCGUCGUUCAUCGGCGACUGCACCAGCCUGCGCGUCAUCGUGGCCGACAACUGCGCGCUCUCGGGCCUGCCCGUCGAGAUUUCGCAGCUCACCCACUUGCACUCGAUCUGUGUCCGUCACAACCGUCUGAUCAUGCUCCCCUCGUGGCUGUGCCUCCUCACCCAGCUCGACACUCUGCGUAUCGACAACAAUCCGUUUGCACCCGAGUGGACUGCCAUCGUUACGCCCAUCCUCGCUGCUACGCUGAGCAGUCACCAGCGCAAUGGCUCGCACCAGUCGUUGCGGUCGAUUCGCUUGGCCUCGGGCAUGUCGUCGGUCGCGUCGUCGAUUGGCGGACAGCACACGCCCUCGACCCCUGCCUCUGACGCUGGUGUCGGUCUGGGCAUCUCGCAGAGCUCGUCCCAGUCCCAGACCCCCUCGCGUUCCAGCACCCCGUUCCAGUCGUUGCGGACUACCCGCAGCCUGGGCAAGCGCGCCGACAGCAUCGGCCGUGCUCCCAACCGCAGCGUCACCAACCCCAACCCGGCGUCCGAGGUCUUCUCCGCGGGCACGGAGCGCUUCCUCCCCACCCGCAACAGCCGUCGCGUCCAGAGCGCCGUCGGUAGCACAUACACUGAUGACUCGGAGGGCGAGGACAAGCCCAAGUGGGGGUUCCUUCGCAAGGUGUCCAUGUCGAGGCUCCGGUCCGACAAGGGAACCAGCUCUGGCUCUGCCAAGAUUUCCGCGUCGGCCGCCGCCAACGUGGCCAGCAUGCCGUCCGUCACCAGCCCCACCCCGUCGAUCAACUCGACCAUGCCCCGCCGCCCGUCGAUCGUCACUACCUCGACCUGGUCGUCGACGUCUGCCAUUCCCGACAGGCGCGUUUCCGAGACUCCCGAUGGUCUUCCUGUUCGCAGCCCGUCGGCCGCUAGCCAGGCCCCGAACAGUCUGUCGACCAGCAGCGUCUUUGGCUCGCUCCGCCAGGCCCGCCGCAGGAGCUUCCUCCCCAUCGACCCGGCACCCCCGUCCCUCAACGUCGCGAUCCCCUCGACGUCGCCCUUCAUGUCGGCCCAGGCCACCCUCGGCGACGUCGAGCACCUUCCCAUGCGCACGGCCGACGAUGCCAUGGAGACGCUUGGAGACGGCACCGAUGACGAGCACGAGCACCGCGCGUCCAAGUUUGCCCCGGCCAACUUUACCAUCAACGACUCGGAUGACCGCUACACUCGCGGCCUCGAGUCGAUCAAGAGCUACCUCCGCGACCUGUACGACCUUUCGCUUCCCCCCGGCGACCCGUACGGUGGCUUUGAGGUCAUUGAGAGCGACGCCGCUGCCGCCGCUGCCCCCGGUGACAUGCGCAGCUCGAUGAUGGGUUCGACAUCGCGCCACAUGACGGCCGACGCCCCCUCGCGUGGUGUUUCGAUGGUGGUCGAUGGCAAGGACGACAUGUCUACUCCUGCGUCCUCGACGUCUGCCGCGCCUAGCAGCAACAAGCGUUUCAAGGACGACAAGGGCAAGCGUGCGCGCGUCAUCCGCGAGAUUCUCGAGACUGAAAAGACAUAUGUCCGCGGCCUCACCGAGCUCGUGGCCAUCUACGUGCGCCCCGCCAGCCAGCCUGUCAACAGCGCAAAGUCGAGCGAGACCGUCAUCCCCGUUGCCGAGCGCAAGGUGGUGUUUGGCGGUGUCGAGUCGGUCCUGGUCAUCCACCGCGACAACGUCCUCCCAGCCCUUACGCGCACCAUCCAGCCCCUGCUGGACCAGGGUGACGACGACCAGGGCGAGCUCUCGGCCCGUAUCGCCCACCAGGUCGGCGAGGUGUUCCGCACCUACAUUGCGUACAUGAAGCAGUACUCGACCUACAUCAACAACUUUGACAAUGCCCUCGCGCGCAUGCGCUCGUGGACCGCUCAGGCCAACACGACCGGCGCCAUCGGCAAAGCCGGUGCCAUGGGUGUCGCGGCUGUCGGUGCCGGUCUCGUCGGCUCGGCCGUCAUGCCUGCGGGCGACUCGGUGCCCCACUCGGGCUCCCCGCUCACCCCGAGCCAGCGCAAGCGUGUCAAGCAGUUCCUCAAGCGCGCCAAGGAGGACAAGUCGCACUCGCAGAUCAACUUUGAGUCGUACCUGCUCCUGCCCGUGCAGCGCGUGCCGCGGUACAAGCUGCUCCUCGAGGACCUGGCCAUGUGCACUCCGCCCCGCGAGUCCAUUGGCCCCAGCGACGCCCUCGACGAUGCCAUCAGCGAGAUCACCAACCUCGCCUCGCUCAUGAACGAGGAGAAGCGCGAGGCCGAGUCCCGCCUCCGCCUCCUCCACUGGCAGCAGCGCAUCUCGUCCCGCGGACCCUCGCCCCUCGUCCAGCCGCACCGCAAGCUCAUCCUCGAUGGCGCCCUCACCCUCGUGCGCGUGGUCAAGAAGUCGUCGGCGUUCGCAGAGGUCGAGACCCCCGUGGCCCUCAACACCAUCGACGGCGACUCGACCAUUACCACAUCCAAGGCCGUCGUUCCCGUCGACUUUAUCUCCCCCGAACCCAUGGACAAGCCCAUCAUGCUCAUCCUGUGCUCGGACAUGCUCGUCCUCGUGCAGAAGCACAGCACCGAGGGCUGGGACGGGCAAGUGGACCUGUUCAGCGUCCUCCGCAUGGCGACGCUGCGCGAGCCCGCCAGCGUCAGCACGUCCAACGACCGCGUCCUCCGCGUCGUCGACAACAAGUCCAUCUACUACUUCAACGGCGGGUCCGCGAGCACCACGCUGCAGUGGUCCAGGGCCAUCAACGGCGGCAACUCGGCGUCGUAG